UUUUUAUUAUAUCAAAUUUAAACGUUUGUCAUGUGUCACCAUUUUUUUAUUUCAACUGAAAGAGUGAAUAUAUGAACUAUUUAGAGUCAACGCUGAAUGUAAAGAGGGAGGGAGAAACUAAAUAUUCUGCAACGAAAUAUUGUCAAACUAACAUAAGGAUGGUAAAAAAAUGAAUAAAAAUAUAGAAAAACUUAUUUAAAGCUGCAGUUUCUUCAGUUGGAGGACUGUUUAUCUAUAUGUGCAAAUUAUAUUCACAGCUCAUAAAUUACAAUGUUUUAAAUGCACUUUAGAGUUAUCAGUAUUUAUCUCAGUGUUUGGUCUCCUUCCAAUCAAACUUUUUUUUUUUACUAUAAUUUAUCUAAAAUAAUAUAAAAACAUGCAAUUAAUAAUGUAGUUUUGUCCAAAUUAAGCUAUUAAAUAUAUUUAAACACAUCUCCUACAAUUACAUCAACAGAUGCAUUCAUGGCAUGUGAAACAGGACAGUAAGGUCGUCUCCAGGGUGGUUGAUGGUUUGAAUCCGGUCUCUCUGUGAUGCAGUCAGUAGGAUGAACUCCACAGCAGCAGCAGCAGCAGCAGCAGCAGCUGGACGCACCAAGUCGACUCCACCAGAGCUGGAGCAGAAGGAGAGCCGGCAGUUCAAGAGCAAAGCUCCCCAACGAGGACAGAAAGGAGUCAACAGCCACGACCCAGCCAUGCAAGGUCUGGAUGACGCUGCAGUGGUUUGUCCCUGGGAGGAAUACGGAGACGUGGAGCUGAGCGAACUGGCCCAGUUUGGAACCGUUUAGCCCUCAGGAAGACUUCCUGCUGUUCCUGUUCCCCCUUCAUCCUGAGGAUGAGGAGCAGAAACAUCACAGAUCUACAAGCAUAAUAAUAAAUCAUGAAGAUGCAUUCAUGGACUUACAUAUGAACAGAAAUGUUUAUGAUCAUCUGUUUACUCUUCAGAGCCUUACAAGUUCCUGAUAGUUGAUGCAGCUGCUUCCAAUAAAAAUAUAAUAUAUAAUAUAAUAUUAUAUUAUAAUCUGUCUGUUUGCAGCGGAUUAUUAAAAUCUGUUGAAUAUAUUGAAUAAAAUAGAGAAACUAACUCUGCAUUUAAUUUUCUCAUUCAUUCUGCUGUA